CACAGGCGGCAGCUGGAGGCGUAAUAGUGCGGGUCGCGGGCUCGGAGCGGGGGAACUUCAGGAGCGGCCGUGGCGCGGCCGGCGACGACGACGUCGACGACAGCAGCAGCAGGCGGAGCGCGGGGCCCGGGGCUUGUGGCGCACCAUGCCGACCGUGGAGGAGCUCUACCGCAACUACGGCAUCCUCGCCGACGCCACGGAGCAAGUGGGCCAGCAUAAAGAUGCCUAUCAAGUGAUCCUGGAUGGUGUGAAAGGUGGUACUAAGGAGAAAAGAUUAGCAGCACAGUUUAUUCCAAAAUUCUUUAAGCAUUUUCCAGAACUGGCUGAUUCUGCUAUCAAUGCACAGUUAGACCUCUGUGAGGAUGAAGAUGUGUCGAUUCGACGGCAAGCAAUUAAGGAAUUGCCUCAAUUUGCCACUGGAGAAAAUCUUCCCCGGGUGGCUGAUAUACUAACCCAACUUUUACAAACAGAUGACUCAGCAGAAUUUAACUUAGUGAACAAUGCCCUGUUAAGUAUAUUUAAGAUGGAUGCAAAAGGGACUUUAGGUGGCUUGUUUAGCCAAAUUCUUCAGGGAGAGGACAUUGUUAGAGAACGAGCAAUCAAAUUUCUUUCUACAAAACUUAAAACUUUACCAGAUGAAGUCUUAACAAAGGAAGUAGAAGAGCUUAUCCUGACUGAAUCUAAAAAGGUUCUAGAAGAUGUGACUGGUGAAGAAUUUGUUCUUUUCAUGAAGAUCCUGUCUGGGUUGAAAAGCCUCCAGACUGUGAGUGGAAGGCAGCAGCUUGUAGAGUUGGUGGCUGAGCAGGCCGACUUAGAACAAACCUUUAAUCCCUCGGACCCUGACUGUGUGGACCGCCUCCUGCAGUGCACUCGACAGGCAGUUCCCCUUUUUUCUAAAAAUGUGCAUUCCACAAAGUUUGUGACUUAUUUCUGUGAGCACGUUCUUCCUAACCUCAGUUCCUUGACUACCCCAGUGGAGGGUCUUGAUAUACAAUUGGAGGUAUUGAAACUAUUGGCAGAGAUGAGCUCAUUUUGUGGAGACAUGGAAAAACUAGAAACAAACUUAAGGAAACUCUUUGAUAAGUUACUGGAGUACAUGCCUCUUCCUCCAGAGGAAGCAGAAAAUGGGGAAAAUGCAGGCAAUGAGGAACCCAAGCUGCAGUUCAGUUAUGUUGAGUGUUUGUUGUACAGCUUUCACCAGUUGGGACGGAAACUUCCAGAUUUCUUAACAGCCAAACUGAAUGCAGAAAAACUCAAAGAUUUCAAAAUCAGGCUGCAGUACUUUGCACGGGGACUACAAGUUUAUAUUAGACAACUUCGCCUGGCUCUCCAGGGUAAAACAGGGGAGGCCUUAAAAACAGAAGAGAACAAGAUUAAAGUUGUUGCAUUGAAAAUAACAAAUAAUAUCAAUGUUUUAAUCAAGGAUCUCUUCCACAUUCCUCCUUCGUACAAGAGUACGGUAACAUUAUCCUGGAAGCCUGUACAGAAGGUUGAGAUGGGGCAAAAGAGAGCCAGUGAAGAUACAACUUCAGGUUCACCACCCAAGAAAUCUCAAGGAGGACCAAAAAGGGAUGCCAGGCAAAUCUAUAAUCCUCCUAGUGGGAAAUAUAGCAGCAAUUUGGGCAACUUUAAUUAUGAGCAGAGAGGAGCCUUCAGGGGAAGUAGAGGUGGCCGAGGCUGGGGAGCACGAGGAAAUCGAAGUCGGGGAAGACUCUACUGAAUCCCAUCACAUUCUUCAGCAUUGUUGUGAGCUUAAUAAUAUAAAUUCUACUACUCAUUGGAUUGCCGGGGAUGGCCCUUUAAAAGGACUGCUGCCUUCAGCUAAAAACUUAAUGUUCUUUAUACCUUUGUAUGUAUGAUAUACUUUUGUAACAGACCAUGGUUGUGUCCGAGGUAAAACCACAGCGAUAUUUUUGGAUGCUUUGUCCGCAAUCUUGACUUGUUUUUGCAGUAUCAUUAUUCAGACUUUCAUCUUGUGAAUCUUUUAAACAUCGUGGUAGUUUGUUAUUGAGAGCUAUCCGAGUUGAAAUGUAAUGCAGUUCGGUCCAGUCCGUUUCUGGUAUGCAGGUGAUCAGUUUUGAAAGGUUAUUGAGUUUUCUCUCCCUUAUGUCUUUUUUUCACCCAACAUAUGGAGAAGAUUAACAGUCAAUCUUAAGGUUUUCUUUCUGUUUUCUUUUUUAAAGCUGCUAGGCAAUGGUGCACAUUUUUACCUAGUGUCAUAAGAGCAAAAUACCAGCUUUCUAAAAUGUAGAAAUUACAUUACAUUUUUAGGAGAAGGUAAGUUGCUUUGCACUGCGUAUUUAACUCUUCUCCAUAUGUUGUGAUAGAAAUUUUUGAAUACGGGAUCUUACUAUACAAAUAUAAAUGUGUAUGUAUUACAUACAUACGUAAGCAUAUAUGUGUGUAUGUAUAUAUGCAUGCUGUAAAACUUGACUACACAACUUAAAUCACUUUCUUAAAUUCCAGGAACGGGUAGUCUGACACAGUGAUUAUCCUUUUGAGGCAAAAUCCAUUAUUAACUUGUUAAGUCAGUUUUCUUCCCAGUAGUGAGGAAUUUUUAGUCAGUUGCACUUACAUGAUUAUUAUUUAAAGAUAAACAAAAGGCUACAUUUUCAAAAAUAAAUUCAGAGAGCCCUGUUGGAGAAACAGCCAAAAUAUUGCAUCUGAUGUACAUAUAGGUUUCUACAGGACAAGAUAAAAUAAUUUAGAAUUUGAGGAUUUAAUAACCAGGGCAACUUGGAAAAGGUGAUGACAUGGUGUACCAGUGAGUAAGGGAUGCUCUCUUGAUUUGCUUUUGCCACUUACAAGAUUUUUUAACUUCUCAGGUUAUUAAUCAAAAUUAUUAUAUAAGUUAGCUAAUAGAAACUUUAGGUUAAAACAACAGAUGGGGGGUUUGUGGAGUGGUGAAUGUCAUGGGCAUUUUUUAGUAGCAUAGACUCUUUGCAUUUGAAUGUUUCUUAUAUUCUGUUGUUUCUGUUCAUCUUUCCUUUCCAUGUUCACUAUUCACAUCCAAUGCCUGGAUGAUGUUUUGUAGUAGUUUGACUUAUUGUUUUUGAGGAAUAGUUUGUAAAUGUACUGCAGGUGUCUUCCUUACUGUUAACCUCUGCAUUGGGGAAAAGAACAAAACCCCUUUGUUAGAAUUACUGCACAUUUUAAUAGGAAAAAUAUUUUUUUUAAGAUUAAAAUGAUACAAGUGAGCAAAGGAAGUUGGUCAGCUUGCCUAUGGAGUGAUGGCAAUAAUCUGUGAACAUUCCAAAAGACUAUGAGCUGAACCUAAGCUCCCUUGGACUCUGAAUAGACAUAGGAACGUGGAAUUCCAUUUGACAAUUGUGACCAGGUAGUCUAGACCUUGAAGGUAGAUCAGCCAGUGGCCUCAAGCCAUUUCAAGUACAAAAACUAGAUGCGAACUAGUUAUAUAAAUUUGAACAUUAACUGUAACUUUUUUUUUAUUUUAAACUUAUUUGUAAACUCAAAGGUGAGCAGAAGUGACUUUGCUUUCUCAAGUUUGAUGCUGAGUUGUCUGUGUUCCUUUACCACCUCACUGUUCCCUUUCCUAAGGCAAUAAUGCACAACCUGGGUUAUUUUUGCUUACUGUUUUUGAAUGAAAAACCCAUGCCAUGGAUUUGUUUUGUUCUGUUUUGCAAGACACCUGUUUAUCACCUUGUUCAAAUGUAAAUGUUCCCUUAUGCUUUUGAAAUAAAUUUCCUUUUAUAAUUUUG